AUGGACGGGAGACUGAAGCGUCACUUUUCCAUCAUCCCUCUUGUUCUCCUGUGCUUCAUGCUCAGCCAACCGAGCAGUGCAGAGAAGGUUCUGUUGGUACCAAUGCCAUGUUUCAAUAGCCACUGGAUGGUAGAGGCGUCAAUCGGGCAGGCAUUGGUGGAGAGGGACCAUGCUGUCACCGUGGUUAUUGAAGAUGACAUCGUUGAGAAACGACGCACAGAGAGGCCUGACUUUACAUGUGGCACUAUAGUGGCAGCAAACCUCGGGAUCCCCCACGUCGCAAUCAGUUCCGACGGUGGCACAUUUUUCGACAAAAUUGCUACCGGUGUACCGCUACCAUUGUCAUACAUACCGACAGUCGAAUCGCCAUUUACUGACCAAAUGACUUUUCUACAAAGAGUGGAGAAUGCAUGGUUCUUUGGUCUUUCAACCAUCUUGAAAAGCUGGAUUUACGGUUACGUAUAUAACGAUCUGGUCCGUAAUUAUAUUAGCGAUAAUGAAACCAUCCAGAGCGUAACGUCACGCACGGACUUGUGGCUGUAUCAGAGCGACACUGUGCUAGGUUUUCCCAGUCCCUCCAUGCCCAGCAUGGUUCAGGUUGGCGGAUUGACCGUACGUACUGGCGUCCAACUUUCUGAGGAUUUGGAGGAUUUUAUGCAGUCAUCUGGAGACGCCGGAGUGAUCGUUGUCAGCUUUGGUUCCAUGGUCCAUGCAAUGUCGAUGGAAAAGAAAGAAAUGUUCACCACAGUGUUCGCCCGACUCCGACAGAAAGUGGUGUGGCGUUACGUGGGAGAAAAGCCGGCUGGUCUGGGUAACAACACCAAGCUGAUGUCCUGGCUACCUCAAAAUGAUUUAUUAGCUCAUCCAAGAACAAGGGCCUUCGUCAAUCACGCUGGGUUGAAUGGAGUGUACGAGGCCCUGUACCACGGCGUGCCCAUGGUCUGUCUGCCGCUGUUCGGGGAACAACCUAGCACCGCUGCUCGGGUCGCGGCCAGGGGGAUGGGAGAAAUGUUAGACUUCAGAACGGUCACUUCGGACCAAUUGUACCAGGCUAUACUUCGUGUUCUCACCAACAACAGCUUUAGUGACACCGCAGCCCGCCUUUCUCGUCUGCACCGUGACCAGCCGCAGUCACCCAUGGAGCGGGCCGUCUGGUGGAUAGAACACGUCAUCAAACAUGGCGGACUGCCCCAUCUCCGCGCACGCGCCGUGGAGCUGCCGUGGUACCAGUACUACCUGCUGGACGUGGCUGUGUCCCUGUUAGGCAUUUGCUCAGCUGUCACGGUAGAGGAGAUCAACUGA